AUGAGGGCGUCUCAUGCUUUGCUGUCGGGCCUUGUGCUCCCAGCGUUGGCCGAGGUCCAUGGUGCUGUCCACAGCAAGAGCACCACAUGUGAUCCCCCCGUGGUCUCUGAGGUCGAGGAAUGGGUCACCGAAUGGGUGACAGUCUCCUCCACCGUCACCGUCUGUGCCACGACCACCGGCAUUCUUGCUUCAACCACCAGCGGCAGCGGUAAUGGCGACGGCAACGGCAGUGGGAAUGGCAGCGGCAAUGGCAAUGGCAAUGGCAAUGGAAAUGGCAGCGGUAGCGGCCAUGGAGGUGACUGUGACGGCGGCUGCGUCGACGGUGAUGGAAAUCCCAUCCCGACUGCCACCAAGACUGACACCGCCACCUCGACUACCUCGACGAGGGUCACGGCGACCGAAACCAACAGCGGAAGCGGCAGCGGAACCGAACUUGCCUUGAAGAGGGAUUGGGACAUUGACUGGACCGACCUGAGCCAGCUCGAGCUGAAGAAGUCCUGCCGCAUGCUGUACACCAAGGAGGAGGUCCCCUCUGGCACAAAGCCCGAGGAGGGUGAGCCUUAUGCCUGGUUCAACGCCAACGACACCGAAUAUGCCAACCUGCAGACGGUCAACUCCAAGUACUUCCAAAAGGUGUGGUGCGACAUUGACGCCGGCUGGAUCAAGAUGAAGUUCAGCAACUGGGACGCGUACAACCACGCCUGGGACAACUGGCACGACGUCUCCCGCCCGAAAUGGGGCGACUAUGUGAUCAUCACCCCAGAGGAAUCGUGCCGCAACUACGGUGUCAAGGACCAGCGCAACUUUGUCCUGGCCACGGACGAGAAGCGCGAUGAUGGCAGCCAGACCAUCACCUGCCAGAUCAAGAACAUUACCAUUGCCGACACGGUCGGCGACGAGAACCCCGUCGAUAUUGAGUUUGAGAACUUUAACCAGCCUGGUGUCUCGGCGCAGGCCAACGACUCUCCCGGCGCUGACGGCUUCGAUGACCUUGGCGGCGAGGUGCUCGCCGACCCCAGCGGCGACUCCGACUUUGACUGGUUCCUCGACAACACGAUUGGCAAGAUGGACGUGGAGACACUGAACCAGAGCGUCGUCGCCCAGUUUGGCUUCACCCUGGACGACUUUUACGGCGAGAACGAUCUGCCCGAUCUGGCCACCGCGAACCUCGUCAAGAGGAGGUUUGGGCGUAGGCUCAGGAGGGCGUUCAAGAAGGUCAAGGCGGCUGUCAAAAAAGCCGUGGCCGUGACCAAAAAGGUCUUCCAAGAUGUCGGGGACGCCAUCAAGGAGACGGCCCAGCAGAUUGGCGACGCCAUUGCCGACUUCACCACCAUUGACCGCAGCAUCUCCAAGGACAUCAACUUUGACACGACGACGCUGGGCAAUGUUGUCGAGACGCCCUUUGACGGCAAGACGGGCUACGAGCUCUUCUCGGGCGAGUUUGGCGAGGAGAUUCGCAACGGCGCCGAGCUCUCGGGCUCGCUUGACAUCUACUGUGUCGACUGCGGUGUUGAGGGCGACUUUAACAUCCGCGGCAAGGUUGUCUUUGUCUUCUCACGCCUCAAGUUCGAGGAGGGCUUCGUCGAGGUCUCGGGCUCGCUGGGUGCUGGUCUGGGUCUGGGCAUCGUCGCCGAGCUGACGCUGAACAAGGAGUUCAAGAAGCAGAUCACAUCCCUUCCCCUGACGCCCUUCUCGAUCCCCAACGUCUUCGUCCUUGGCCCCAAGUUUGAUCUCUCGGCCGGUGUUAACUUUGAGCUGGACGCCCAGGGUCAGCUGCUCGCUGGUGUCCGUGCCGACUGGCCCAGCAUCAAUGCCAGGAUCGACGUCGUCAACUCGGGUUCCUCGUUUGCCAACGGUUUCACCCCCGAGCUCACGCCCAUCUUCGAGGUCGACGGGACCAUCAGCCUCACGACCACCUUCUUCCUCGAGGGCGCCCUGGGCAUCGGCAUCGACAUUGCCAACGGUCUCUUUGACAAGUCUGUCGAGCUGAUUGAGAAGCCAGGCAUCUUCGUGUCCGCCGGCGUCGGCGCCUCCUUUAGUCUCGAGAACGGCGUGGGCGGCGCUGGUGACAACGACUGCUUGGGUGUCGAGAUCGCCACCGGCUUCACCAACGAGGUGUCGGUCAACGUGUUCGACAUUGACGCCCUUAGCGCUGUCAUUGACACGCGCUCCUUUGACAUUGCGCGCAAGUGCUUUGAGGUCUUUGGCAAGCGUGACGAUGUCUCCAGCUUCCCUCUGAUCGAGGCCCGCCAGGACGAUGGCGGCAUCGGCGCCACCACCUUUGACGGAGGCAUCAUGUCCAAGAUCACGACCCGCGACGAGGCCCAGACGCUGCGUCUCCGCUACUCGCCCAACGGCAACAUCUACGCUGUCCCAGACAGCAAGGUGCCCCAGGCGGACAAGGACAAGGAAUGGUCGGGCUGGUUCGCCACCGACGAGUCUGGCAUCUUCAUCUAUGGCGACUCGCACGCCCGCUUCCUCCACGGCUACCACGACACGCUGCUCGAGCUCGGUGUCUCCCGUCUCCGCCUGCACGAGCCCAACGCGAUGCCCAAGACGUCACAGCUCAUCGUCCUCGCCACCGUCCAGGACGACGACGCCACCGUCGAGACCCCCGGUGUCUCGUCCGAGGUGCCCUACCUCAUCAGCAGCGACCUGGGCGGCGACAUUUACUACCCCAUCCUGUGCUCCUACGCGAGCGGCGACGUGUACCCCAAGAUGUUCCUGGCCAACGACAGCCAGACGGGCGUCGAGCGUCUGAUGAGCAACGACGCUGACAUUCUCGACCAGAUCACGGGCGCCGAGGUCAAGGAUUGCAAGUACGCGCCCCUGACCAACUGGAAGAACGUGGACGUUGGCGACCUUGUCGAGGAGUAA